AUGCCGAAAAGAAUAAACACUAUCGAAGAAGCUGAGCGUUUGUUCCCAAGUGUUAAAAACGCUUGGUUCUUAUUCAAACUUUUCGUGGUUUUGGAAGAAUACACCCAGGCAUGUGUGAAAUACGAAUUCUUCCUUUCCAUAAUUGGCUUGACAUUUACUGUUUUUCAUUUAUAUGUUCUGACUAGAAAAGGAAUGAUGACGUCAUCCAUCUUUUCAAUAAUGAUCGGAAUUGGAGUUUGUGAUGCGAUGUCCAUGAUGAUAGCAAUUUAUGAUGAACAUAUCAUUGAACAAUUAUAUGGAGAUGAAUGCACACCUCCAGUGUCUCUUUUUAUAUUGCGAUGCUACUGGAUACUGAAUGCUCUACGACAGACCGUGAUUAGGUCCUCCUUAUGGCUUGGAGUUCUGAUGGCUCUGAUCCGCUAUCUUUCUCUGAAAUUCGUUACGAGGCCUAAGUUUCAAAGAAUGUUAAGAAUCAGUUACGGUUUCUACGCAACUGGAAUCAGUUUUGCUCUAAGUUCAGUGCUCUCCACUUUAAACUUCGUGAAGACAAAAGCAGUAGAGAACGGUUUUUGGCGCCCAAGUGAAAAAUGUGAUGUGCAAAUCGAAAAUGGUUCCACACUCGUUAUAUAUGGACUUCGAGACUCUGAUGUUUUCUCAGCGAAUGAUGGGUUUUAUUUGAGGAUUUUUACACUCGUGAAUAGUAUUUCUUCGAAGUUCCUCCCUUGUAUAGUUUUCCCAGUUGUCACAAUUCUAUUAAUAAUUGAAAUCCAUGAGACCAAGAAGAAAGUUUUGACGUCCAGCUUGACCAUUGCCGAGAGAACGACUUCGUUGGUUAUAUUCAUGGCGAUCACUUUCUUCAUUGCAUCUUUUCCUGCUGGAGUAUUCACUUUUUUCUCAGUAAUGUAUACAGAUAUCGGAUUUUGUCUGCUUCGAGCCGCUCUUCAAAACAUUCUCAAAAUUGUCGUUGAAACUUCGGAUCGCGUCUGA